GUUUACCUUGUACGCCGUUUUGCCGGUCACGUGCCCACUUAACGUCGAUUAUUUGCAAACGAAUUGGCCCUUAUCGGGGUAGUGAUUACAUGUGCUCGAAGUUAUCGAGUGAUUACACUGACGGACGACGACAGAAAAUAGCAGAAGAAGGACCCCAUCGUGUCAUAUCAGAAUCUGAAAGCGUUCACAGACACAGCAGUCUGUAUAUCCGUCACUCUAAGAAUUAUGUCGAAAGUGUUUCCGUGGAGAUCUACAGUGUAAUGACCCGCCUGGGGUACGGCGAGGAGAUCAGACGUUGGUGGAUCGAGAAAUACAGGGAGUUUGAUAGGCUGAGGAAUGCACGACACAAAGAUGUAACUAGAAUAACAGCUGACAGCAAGGCUGAGGGGCUUACCUACCGGUUAGAAAGUGACUGGGUCUAGUUAUACGUGCUGAAUAAUGUGAUCUGUGUCGAAACUGGAAUCACUUUUCUAAUCGUACCAGACGACAUGGAUGUGUUGAGGAUGGAUACACGAGUAUAUCCAGGGCACUGCAUACUGUUACAAGCGAGACCAGCGCAUACACGUUGGAAUGUAAUUCACUAUUCUCAGUGUGAUAAUGGAUAAGGGGGCGUUAUAUUAAGUAGUAGUUUAUUUUAAGAUGAAUGUUCUGCACGUUUUACUACACAUUCAUCAGGAUUGGUGCAACAAGAACGCUCUGUGCCGGCAAUAUCGGAUACAAUUGGUGGAGUACUUCAUACGGACAGAGUAGCCUCACUACAUUGUCACUGCCCGAGCAUCCUACAGAGAUGGCCUGCCAGACCCCGACAUUGGCCAUUACCAACCAUAGUUCAGAAAGUCGUAUCAUAAGGAGCCUAUCUAACACCGGUAGGAUUUAAGGGAAGUGAAUCCAAGCACAUGGAAUGGCGGAUUUGCUUUACCACCGGUGAAACAGAACUAGUGAACAACCUUAAUGAAACACAAGCGGAAGUGUAUGUUUUGCUUAAAAUGAUCUUAAAAUUUUUUCUAAGGCCAUGUAAGAAAGAAAUAACAUCUUAUGUGAUGAACAAUAUUGUAUUGUGGCAAGCUGAGAGUAACCAACAGAGCAAAUUUCAUUCUCGGAGCUUGUUUUAAUGGCUUCAUGACGGACUUCAUGAGAGAACUUAGGACUGCUAUUGUCACAAAACAGCUGUCAUAUUUCAUGAUUCCGGAGAGAAAUUUUUAUGGCAGCAAAUCGUUUACAAGACAAGCAGCAAAGUAAAUGGGUAGAAGAUAUCACGGAUAUGAUGGCGGAAGGUCCCAGGGUAAUACUGAGAUUGCCAAAGAUACGACAGGCCGUUAUCGAAUCCCCAGAGUCGAUGUUGUGGUUCAGCAAAGUAAAGACGGAGCUGGAGAUGCUCUGGCUUGAGAUGGGGAAAAUAUUGAAUUGUGAAGAUGAUAACGGAGUGGUCGAUGAGUCUGAUGCUAUCCUGCAGGAGAUAUUUAGAGUUUAGGGAGAGAUACUGAUGGAGGUGAGACAACAGAUGCUCGUAGAAGGCUGUGCUGUUGAUGAUCUGAUGGACAUUAACAAUAGACUUUUAAUGUAAACAUGCAUUAAAGUGCAAGAAAAGAAUGGGACUGAAAGAGUUUAUCAGAGAAAUUUGACAAGAUAUCAUCCUGCAGGAGAAAAUGACACGCAUAACGAGGUAGUGAAAGAUGUCCUUCAACGGAUGUUAAAGACAGGCAGUGUUGUUAUUUAUAUAUAUGGCUGAUUGUCUGAUUGUCAUAAGUAACAUAAACCCUUAAAUCGUUCAUGUUAAAAUUGAUUGUACGUAUUUAUGUUGUAUCAAGGCACUUUAUUUUCUGCAGAUAAAUGAAAUUAAACAAUAAGUUGCCUACAUAUACCACUUUCUUAUUUAAAAUGAUCUUAUGGAAAGCAAAUGAUAAUAAAUGUUCAAAGUUUAAUGUUUGUAUUUUAUCUAAAUAUUGAUGUAAAUAUAUAAUACAUUUUAAAUUCAAUUCCUUCUUUAAAAUGAUGAUUUGAUGUGUGUUUACACUGAAAAUAUAAUAAAUGUGUAGGUCUAAGUUACUGGUAUAUAUGACACAAACAUUUUCAAAUUAUUAUUGAAGACUCAGAUUAAUAUCUUCGUUGCUUUGCCUUUUAACGUAAGGCAAGAAAAAACAUCAAGCAAUAAUACACGAAUAUAAUCAUAAAACUGUCAAUUCCUUUUGGACAAAUGUGAUGAUUAGAAUUUAGACGAAUGUCCAUUGACCCUUAAUCAACAUCAAUGUUUAUGUUCAAUGUAUUAAAACUUAAACUUUCAUAAAAUCUAACCUUUUUGUCCUAGAGCGAUAUGAGUUUCAAUUGUGUUUGUUAUGAUUUAACUAAUUAAAUAUUGUUGUUUCUAUGCAUUAAGUGUUUAUUUGUACAAACUGUUGUAAGCGCACAUUUCUUCUAUUUUAUAAGCAAACCAGUUGAUGCUGAUUGCCAAUCCUUUAUCGUUUUACUUUUAAUUAUUUAAUUCAAAUGCAAUACGGCGAAUGUAUUUUGCUUACAAAAUUAUCGUGUCUUUAUUUGCUCUGAUUGAUUAGCAGGUUGCUGUUAGUAUUCAGUCUAUGUACGGUUUAUAUUGUCAGAUAUGAGGAAGGGAAUGUAUGUAAAUGUUAUUUGUGUACUUGUAAUUUUGCGGAUCAGUUUUUGGUUUGCAUUGAGCAUUCGAGAAUACGGACCCUUUUAGAAAACACAAUUUAGUUACUAUUGCCUUACGCUUGGAUCUUUCCAAAUCAUAUGCCGUAAAACAUUUAACGAAACAGUACCGUUUGUUAUAUCUGGAAUAAGAACACAACUUAUAAUUAAUAUAAACCUUAAUAUGGACGCGCAACAUUA